UGGAAGUAAUAUGUUUUUGUGAGGGAUAAAGGUCGGAAGUACUUGUGGUUUUUAUAAGAGAAUUCAACAAGGAAGGCUUUAUAUCUUACUUGGCCACUGGAGUGUGAAUUUUCAUUCUCAUGUUUGAUCAUUCUUCAAGUGGAAAAGUGUUUUGCCAGUGGACCUUUCUUUCAUGGUUCACCUGUUUUGAAGUUGGUGACCUAAAGCUUGAGUGUCAUACUACAACAGAGCCAACAGAAUGUUGCAUUUUGUAGUGCAGUUGCCCAGGAACAUUAAAAUCUGGACGUCAUGCUUUUCAAAAGGUCACUGGACUAUACUUUUCGGCUGAUUUCCAUGUCUUUCCAACUUUUUGCAGCAUAUUCUUUAUCUCUGUUGAGAACUGAAGUUCACUUACAUACCUCUAACUUGCAAAUGCUUUUGAAUAGAGCUUUUCGUAAUGAAUUUGCAGUUCCUUUACUUUAAUGUCCUUUCUUUUAUUUUUUUUAUCAAGGGAUUGUUUCAUUCACAUUUUCGAAAAUUUUCUACACAAUUAAAGGAAAAAUACUGAAAGUGCUGGCAAAAAAUGUGAAUAUUCAAGGUCUCUGAUACAGUUGAACCUUCAUCAAGUGGCCACCCUCUUGGUACCGGCAAGUGGCUGCUUUACGGAGGAUUGUCACUCAAAUUAGCGUAAUCUUUAGCAGAAAACCAAACAAACAUGUGACAGAGAAACAUUACUGGUACACAGUUGGUCGUCAACUUCUAUCUCAGACUGUAUUUUCUCUUCUUUUCUACAAUUCUUGUGGGUUUCUGAUCACUGACGGAUUAAUAAAGGGUGGUUGCUUGGGUGUUCAACUGUAGACAUUUUUCUGUGAAAGAUGUGUGGCACCAGAUAAUUCUGACAGUAUCAUAUUCUUCGACCUCUUGGGCAACCGUUAAGUCAUUAUCUCUAUUAAAAAUUAAUUAAAGUUAAGACAAUCAUAUAGUUUCUGUAUUGUGUCACAUCUUUUAUUACAGUGUACUAGUGUUUAGAGAAAGGGAAGAUGGUUAGAUUGCAUAUUCAUUGUAGGCAUUCUCAAGAAGCAGGGUGAAACAAUUGAGCCUGUUGUUGGUUUUUGUGUAAAUGUUUCCUAAAAAAAAAAUUAAAAUUGCCCUCUGUUGUUUGUUUGUUUUGUUGAAAAGGGUUGGUAAAACAUCACUCAUGAACCAGUAUGUGAACAAGAAAUUUAGCAAUCAAUACAAGGCAACAAUUGGAGCAGACUUCCUCACAAAAGAAGUUAUGGUUGAUGACAGACUAGUCACCAUGCAGGUUAGGACUUAUUCCACUUCAUUAUUCUUCAUUCCUUUGUUGUUGUUGAUAGGUUACCUCUUGCAAAACACAAAUGUCUUGGCUUUGUUAACUGAGUGGAUGAAGUCAGUUGGCUAACUUAAGGGAUUCAAAAGCUGACAUCUUGAGCACAGAUUUUGACAGCUUUUGAAUCCCUUCAUUUUGUCAAAGAAGUGUUUUACUUUCCCCCAAGCCCCAACACAGCUUUACACUGUUCCACCUUUAGAAAGUACCAGAAAAAAUAACAAAUAAGCUGCCAUGGCAGAUAAACCAAAACCUGAGUCUGGAAGCUUGGAAUUGAGCCGACGCUUGUUGUCAAAAUGUGUAGUGUAGCCAGGAAAAAAAACUUGUAUUUUUUUAAUGUAGACUUUGUAAUGAUAAAACAGUUUUUAUUAGAAUACACAGAUUUACAAUACUAUUCACGAAGUGCUAGUAUUGAAAAUGCUGUGUAUUUAAGAUGCAAAAGCAUGCAUGAAAAUUAUGUGAAAUUAUAUGGCCCUAAAAUUCUAUGAACACAGCUUGUGUACUUUAUGUUACCUGGAAACAAGCUUGUUUUCAACUAUGGCUGAACAUCAGUGAGGCAGCAUGCUAUUCUUGAGCAGUCAUGGGCAUACCUGCCAACUCUUCCAGUUUUCCCAGGAGUCUCCAAGUUUUCAUCAAAUCUCCCCGUCUCCUGGUUAGAGCACCAAAUCUCCCGGGAAAUACCUACCGUGACCUUUUUCAAUUUUUUUUUCAUCAAUUUCAUUAAUUUGGAGGUGUCAAAAAAGGAAAAUAAAACAAGAGGUGGAUUUAGCGCUCUUAUUUGAGCUGUUCUCUGUUGGAAAAUGUAAAACAGAGCAUCAUCAUUGGUUAGAAAUGAACAAUACAUGGUAGAAAGUUGGAGCGGUUUUCAAAUGCUGUUAUCGACAUCGGGAACAUUCAAAAGGCCUUUGGGUGAUUUUCAGAGAUUAGUUAGACAUUGUUGAAAAUGACAUUCUUACAAUGCAAAGAUUUCUAGAUGUCUCCAGAUUUUUGUACUGUGGGGGCUAGCAGACAUGCCUGGGUGUGAGCUGUUGGUUAAGUAAAUAGAUGUAAUGGUAUGUAAUGGUGGAAGAAAAGAAAUACUCUGUAGGAGUUUUCCUUCAGCCCCCUCCCAGAAAAAUAAAAAGGCUUAAUUGGUAAAAAAUAUUUUUAGUGCUACAUUUCUGAUUUGUUGAUAUAAUUGUUGUUUCACAUUUACGUGUAGCUCAAUCCCUUAGCCGAGGUUUAAGUUAUGUCUACCUUUCUGUUAAAUGUUUGUUUGUUUUGAAAUAUCAGAUAUGGGAUACUGCAGGUCAAGAAAGGUUUCAAAGUUUGGGUGUGGCAUUUUAUCGUGGUGCUGAUUGCUGUGUGCUUGUUUUUGAUGUAACACAACCCAGUACUUUCAAAACCCUUGACAGCUGGAGAGAUGAGUUUCUUAUCCAAGCAAGUCCGAGAGACCCAGAGAAUUUCCCCUUUGUUCUCCUUGGAAACAAAGUUGAUUUGGAAAACAGAGCAGUAAGUUGGUUAUUUUAUGCCUGCCACUAAGCUGUUGUUUCCCUCUUUUGUUUUUGUUUUUAGGACAUUGCAAAAGUUACAAGAGCUUGCUCUGCUUCUACCCUCAGGGUUGCAGGGGACACCUUGUGCUCAUUAUUAUGCAUUUUAUUAAAGCGUAUGCAUGAAAUGCAAUGACUGAUGUGAUGUGGACAGGUUUAUGAGAUAUUCAUAACCGGAUAAGAGAUGAGUGCAUAAUUUAAAGAGUUCACACGUACAGGAGUCUCAAAAUUUCAGUGACCUAUGACAAUUUUGUGUCCAAGAAUUCAGUGCAGAUACAAAACUUUAUGAACUGGCACUACAGAGGGUUGAACUUGGUAAACUUAACUGUGUCAUGUAAGGAGCGGAAUUCUAAAAGGACACAACAUAUAAGGUGUUAAUUCUAGGGAAGACAGAAUUUGCUUAUUUAAACAAUCAUCUUGCUGGCAAUCUUUAACUUCUAAAAUCUGCUCUAUACAUGACACACUAGAGGUCUUGACUGUUCUUUUUAAAUAAAAUCACAGAGUUCUGUCUUCUAUUCUCUCUGCAACUUGGACACAAAAUAACUAUUUCUCAAUUUGGUGCAACUGUGGGUUAAAGCAUUGCUGUAAAACGCGCUCUACGUAACAAAAAACAACCCUUCUAAACUUCCAUCAUUCCACAAUGUCGCUGGAGCAAGAUCUUAAGCCGAAAGAGGAAGAUCUUAAGCCGAAACAAAUUAAGCCAAGUAUUGUAAGCCAGCAUUGCGUUGUUUAUAUAUUCGCAUGUGAUAUGUGUGAUGCAGAUUAUGUCAGUUACACAGCCAGAAACCUUCAUCACUGGUAUUCGCAAUCCAUAACCAUUUUUUAGAAGCGCACUGGCUGUCGUGCCAUGAAGAAUAUAAAUGCAAACCAUUCAGUACAAGAAUCAGGUCUGUGCAAUAUUUCAUAUGUGAGAUAUUUGGCAAAAUGUUUUACCCAAAAUUAAGGUUUUGUAUGGAGACGCCAUUUGAGGGGCACAAAUAUAGCUGCCGGAAACCGACAGAAACACCUGUCUUUGACUUUUACGUACAUAUUACAUGCAUAUUUUAUUGGCUCGUCCCCUCAGGGCUUUCUAGAGUCAAUGUUGCGAUAAUAAUAAUAAUAAUAAUAAUAAUAAUAAUAAUAAUAAUAAUAAUAAUAAUAAUAAUAAAUAAUAAUAACAAUAAUAGUAAAACAUAGUUAAACACAGAAGGCUAAAAACGUGAAAGAUAACUAACUAAAGAAGAUGUCCAGAAGUAGUUGCCUAAGUCGAUCCUUAAAACUUGUCACUGGUUGAUCUUAUUUUCCACAAGUCUACAGGCGAAAUUCUGUACUGCUUGGAGAUUGUCCAGAUUGGAUUGAAUAAAGGCGUUUAGCUGCUGUAACAUCCCAUGAACGUAGAAACUCAGAAGAAUUAUAAUAAUAAUGAUGAUGAUAAUAAUAACAAAAUAUUUAUAUAGUGCUUAUACUUUUCAGUGCUUUUAAAAUCCAUAUAAAAAGUAAAAAUCGUAGACUAAUUUACAUAAAAUUUUUUCAAUGUAGCAGAAAUUAAAAAAAACAAAACAAAACAAUGAUAUAAAAGAUAGGUCUUCAACUUAGAUUUAAAUCUAUUUUCAUCAUCGAUCGGUCUAAUAUCAAUAGGCAGAUUGUUCCAGAGUAUAGGGACAAUGACUGAUAAAGCCCUGGGAUCGUAUGUCUUUAAGUUAUAGGGUUCAAUAACAAAUCACCACUUGUCAGAAGGUGAGCAAAGGCAGGUUGCAGGUUCAUAAACAUGCAAUAGUUGUACCAGAUAACUAGGAGCUUCAAAAUCCCGAGGAGGCUCUCUAGUAACUCUUACUUACAGUUGAAAUGUACAGUCAUACAGUCAAUAUAGAAAAAAUCUCGACUUGCUUGAACAGGGGCCGCGAGGAAUCGGUAGGUAAUGAUGACGUUUCUAUUGUUUGCGCCCGCAAGUACGAAAUGGUUAGGAUGACGUAAAACACAAAAAAAUCCCGAAGGGACCGCUUACAGUAGGUAGAUUUUGUGACAUUCAUUGUGCAGUCAUACUUCGAUACUCUUUUGCGUUACGUGUUAUCAGUGACAUUCUGUGGAGCAGUUAUGGAAUGAAAGUUAUGGACCAAAAGACACUCGUUAAGCGCAGAUGAAGUUAUAAGGUGCGUGUAACAGUGUAUAUUUUAACACUAAGUGAGUUUGCCAGACACGAGUUCACAAAUCUUUGAUUGGAAACCUUGCCAGACUCUCUUUCUUUGACCGGAAUAAGACUCGACCCCAAACAAGCAAGAAGAGUGAAUGGUUCAACGGCUAGCUUAUCAUAAGCAGAACGAUGGACGAUUACAGAAAUUCGCCGACCAUCAAAUUCUGUGCUAACUUAUUCCCUGCUCACAGGUGCCCUUCCACCAUAAAGUUUAAAACAAGACUAGAAUGCGCGAGCGUGAAUUGAUCAAACGUCCUUCUAAGACUUACUUUCCGGCAAAUAAAAUGAAGUAAAUGUAAAAAGUGAAAUGGCAAUAGCAAAAAAUUAAACUUCUAAUUAAAUCUUUUCUUAUGGGUUAGAAUAAACUAUUCUCGAAACUGAGAAUGUUUUGAUCAAAGCUGUGCAAAUCGAACCGAAACUGUGCAUGGAACCUUGCGUUGCCUGUAUGUAUCUCACCUAUUGUAUGGAAUAUGUGUGAACAUCUUCCUUAUGAAUCGGUAUGUAUUUCAAAGAGCUACACAACGAGCAAGAAUACUAUUGACUGACAAUAUACAGAGCGGGGGUAGCGGUAGUGUCAACUAUUACUAGUUAGUAAGAACUUAAAACAUAUAAGAUUAAUCUUAAAAAUUAUUCUUUGCUCCACUGGUAGCAAGCAAUAAUUCUCUAAGAUUAAAUUUUGGUGAGGUCGUGCAUAAACCGGGAACAUUUUUCACACAAACAACUGUCAAAAAUGAAAUUAACUCGAAAUAUGAGCAUGGCAUUGGCACCUGUGUUUGAAUACAGCGUAAAUAACCCUGAGCAUGACAAGCUGUUGACAGAAAUGCUAGUCCUAUGCCCAACAGGAUGAAAGGUUACUGUAAAACUUAGUGUACAAUGUAAUUUCUAGAUGUUUGUCACUCUGUUACUGUAUGUGAUAUUAGUUAUAUUGUGUAUGAAGAUAAACUUUAUGCUUGGGUCGCUACAUAGGCUUCCAUCUUUACUCUGGGAAUAUGGCUGAACCGAAUAUGGUCAAAUUAGGACUGCUCCAUAUAAUUUACUGUAACUUAAGCCAGGACACAGAGUGUUAAUAAAUCAGGAUUAUUUGCGUUCUACCUAUUGUAAAUCCCGAGUUCAGGUUAAAGAAAGACAACAUUCCCAUUGCAGCCAAAGUUUUACUAGUUCCCGCUAGAUUUAAAUGCCCUCAGGGCAACAUUUUGUGAUGGUAGAAAGUUAUUUUUCAUGGUACACAACAAGCUGCACUGAAUGACACUUGAUAGAAAAGAAGUAAGUGUAGGCUAGUAGACAUAUUGCAUGAAUAAACCCGGAAUUUUUGCUGUUUUUCAUUUCACCUGCAGAUAGAACAAUUAUAACCCCCCUUCCCUGAAAUCACUGUCAAUAGCGUCCCAGAAGCAUAAUGGUUAAAUGUCAUGCAUGUUUCUGUCUCUUUGUCUUCUAAGUCUGUCUUGGACUAUCUUUGGUCUCAAAUAUUCUUGCACCCUUCUAGGUUUCUGCCAGACGUGCACAGGGGUGGUGUCACUCAAAGAAUGAUAUGCCAUACUUUGAAACAAGUGCCAAAGAAGCCAUCAAUGUUGAACAAGCGUUUCAGACUAUAGCGAAAAAUGCCCUCGCUCAGGAAACAGAGGUUGAGUUAUACAACGACUUCCCAGACCAAAUAAAACUCUCUGGAGACAACAAACCAAGAUCAAAUGACUGUGGUUGCUGAAUAGACUGAAUCAUAGUUUUACAUGUACUGUAGUUCUUGAAGAUCUUGUCCUAACUUGCAGAUGAAAUUUCUCCCUUAUGAAAGAGACAUAUUUUCUUUCUGUAACAAAAUGGUGUUUGCACUGACUGAUUAUUAAAAAAGGCACCACAGACUCUAGAAAAAUCAAGUCUGACUGCCUUGCAUCAUGACAGUGCGGGGUAUUCAGUUCAAGCCCUUUUACUCUGAUUAGUGUUGAAAGUAAAAUUUAAGUUUAUUUUCAUUGCUGAAAAUAAUAAUAUCCACAGAUGAGUGAGACUGCAUGGAAGUAUUGCUCUGUUCCCAACUGGUCAAGUGUUGGUUGUGUUUGGUUAAUGGUAUCCUUUGGAUACCAUGGACCCAUCACAAGUAUCUCUUGUCCACCCAAACAAUCCCAGCAAUCGUUGGACCAAUUCUCCCUAUAGUUUAUAAAAUAUAGAGUGGGUAGUGCCUUCAAUAAUGGUUGCACGGUAGGAUUUAUCCACAGAAUUAAAAGCUGGUAUUUAUUUUCUCAUGGAGUGAAAGGGUUUCACCAAAUGCUUUUUGUUUAUCUAAAAUUUUCCGUGUGAAAAAGCGUAGCAUUUUGACAUAAAUGGGAGGGAGAUUGACAUUUUUUCACACAGUUAGAUUGGCUUAAUUAUCAUUUACUUGAAAUGUAUUAUUCCAUGAUCGCAAAUUCAACCAACAAAUUACUACUGUUUACUGUAUUGGUAGAUGCUAGGAUGAAACGUACAAUAUAAUAAUUCAAUAAAAACUAAAAGUUUGGUAUACAUUGCCAGCAUCUUACCUUUUUGUGUGAGAAGAUAAAGUCUACUAUCAUGGUGGUUGAAGGAGAGGAAAUGCAGUGUUUCUAUGAAAGGUUCUAUCUAGAAAAGGGUAGUAAAGGAACGACUGUACGCUGGUGACAAACUUUGUAAUAGUCCUCCUGUAUAUAAUUUUUCUCUGACUCCUUAUCUUCGCGUUUCCCGUAGCCUGCGAACGGCAGACGUUUCUCCUUCCUCAUCGCCGCUGAGAGGCGUUUGCUACCUUUCCCUUCCUUCUCUCAGGUUUAUUUUUCAUUUAUUUAAUUUUAUUAACUUUACAAAGACAAUGCGUACAAACU